AUGGGCGCCUACAAGUACCUCGAGGAACUGUGGAAGAAGAAGCAGUCCGAUGUGAUGCGCUUCUUGAGCCGUGUCCGGACGUGGGAGUUCCGUCAGCUGCCGGCCGUCCAUCGUGCCAGCCGCCCGACUCGCCCGGACAAAGCCCGCCGAUUGGGAUACAAGGCCAAGCAGGGAUACGUCAUCUACCGUGUCCGUGUCAAGCGUGGUGGACGCAAGCGCAAGGUAAUAUAAAUUCUCGGUCUUACAUACUGACGCAGGUAUUCCUACGUGUUUCUGUCAUAGCUAUAAGCUGGCCACUUCGAAAUCUAAAUUAUCCUACUGCACGAAUUCCCGUUGAAGCCACUUUCCGAUUAGUUCCUUUAAAACCAUGUGAAGUUAGCAGCCUGAAAUCUAAAUUUCUCCAUUGUGAGUACUCGACACUCGAAACUAAAGGACCUUACACCACCUUCCAUUGACAGGUCAGCAAGGGUAUCUGCUACGGUAAGCCGUCCACCUCUGGUGUGACGAAGAUCAAGGCUUCCCGUAACUUGAAGUCUGUCGCUGAGGAGCGUGUCGGCCGUAAGUUGGGAUCUCUGCGUCUGUUGAACACCUACUGGGUGACGCACGACGCUAUGCACAAGUGGUACUGAGACUAUGUUUCCGUAAUUGCGUGGCGUCUAAAUCUUUGUACUUUCAUCUCAAGGACUAGCUGAUCGAUUUAUUCCAAACGAGAUUUAGAUGGCUUGAUACCUAGCUCGAUGCCUGUUUCUGUGUAGAACCAUAAAACAUCUUCCUUUGGAGGAUACUCGGUCAGUUACUCGUGGAUGAUAACCGAUAUGGCAUCUUAACCCUUCAAUCCAAAUUUCUUUUUAGGUACGAGUGCGUUAUGGUUGACCCGAUGCACAAGACGAUCCGUAACGAUCCGCGCAUCAAUUGGAUCUGCAACCCGACUCACAAGCACCGCGAGCUUCGCGGCCUCACGUCCGCCGGACGCAAAGCUCGUUCCCUUCACCGCCGCGGAAAGGCUGCCCUCAAGGUCCGCCCGUCCGUGCGUGCUUCCUGGAAGCGCCGCCAGAUGCUCCAGCUCCGCCGUUACCGUUAAGUGGUUUGAACCUCAUAGGAAGGUUUGUACUACUACAGAAAACAGUAGAGGCGUUCUUGCGGGUCCAAUCGAUGGCGAUGCGCCGGCAGCGGUGCUGUUUCGAGCCUGUCGUUUACCAACCAAACUUUUGCUGAGGAGACUCGGAUCACUUCUUCGUAUUUCGAUGCGUUGGGGAACACGACGAUGCGCUGUUUGAGUAAAGGAUGGCUAGGUACAAUGUCAGACUGACUCGUCAAAAAGCACUGACGAAGGAUGAGUCAUAGAGGCGAAAGUGACGAGUUUGUAGUCGGAUUAUCAGGUUCUGCCGAACAAGCGAUGAAAAAAACAGAGUUGGAGACUGACCAGAAGUCUCCGCCACGCACGCAGUGGAAGUUUGUAUUGUGUUCAUCUUUGACAACAACUUGC